UGGGGCACUUGCAGUGGACAUUUGGUCAGUGGGCUGCAUCAUGGCUGAGCUCAUCACGGGCAAGACACUGUUUCCGGGCAAUGACCACUUAAACCAGCUGAACAGGAUCAUGGAGCUCUGUGGCACCCCUGAUGGAGACCUUCUGGCCAAAAUCUCUAGCAAAGAGGCCAGGAACUACAUUCGGAGCCUGCCUGUUAUGAAGAAAAAAGGCUUUGCUGAGGUGUUCCAGGGUGCCAACGAGAAAGCCAUUGACCUGCUGGAGCGCAUGCUGGAACUGGACGCGGACAAGCGCCCCACUGCCACUGAGGCUCUGGCCCACCCAUACUUAGCCAGCCUGGCAGACCCAUCUGACGAGCCAUCCGCUGAGCCCUGUGAUCAGUCCUUUGAGGAUCGUGACCUCAGUGUACACGAGUGGAAACGGCUGGUGUACGAGGAGACCACCAGCUUUGUGCCACCAGCUGCUGCCAACUCUGAUGUGUAACAACCUGCCAACUGGAGGAGCACAAUUGAGCCUUCGUGGGAGCAUCCUCAGUGCACUGCUUUUUGUUGAACCAUGGGUUUACUUCAAGUGCCUUUGUUUUUUUCUGCAAAUAUACCUGUGCCUAAUGUGUCCGAAAACAGUUGUCAGUGCUGUUAAAUCCUAAAUCAUAAGAACGUGCUGUUUCAAAAGUGCCUUUUGCAAAUGUAUGUUUCUUGUUCUUUGACGAAUCGCUGAAAUACUCUGAUUGACCCACAGAAGCCUGUCCCAUGCUUGUAAUGUGUUCAGUCGCACCACUGCGGCACCCGUUAGCUCAAACAUGCAGACGCACUGUAGCGUGUUAGUCACACAUCAUAGUUUGUUUAACAAAGUAUACUGAGGAAUUGGUAACUGGUACAGACCGCCACAUAAUAAAAAAAAAGAGUUCUGUUUAUUUCGAAUCAGUUACUCGUGCUUCAUGCAGUAUUCAAAGAGGGCAGGGCCAUACUUCCUACGUAUAACUCUCAGCAGUAUGAUUGACCACGUACCGGUCACUUUAAUGCGAUGUUGCAUAAAAGUCAACGUGUCCUCAAAUGUGACCGAAUCACACAAGCUGAUUGAUCAAGAUGCCUCUUAGUCACUGCUUGUUAACUCUCUGUAGGACUCAAGAUGUAAUUUUUGUUAUUUUUUUCUUUGGACGGUGUUUGAGUGCUGUGCUCAACAGAGAAACUAUGUCUUACAUGCAACUCUGCUUAAAAAGUAUCUCUUUUAAAGAUUUUGCUCUGUGAUUAGAUACCAUGAUAGAGUGAGUAAGCGCGAUUUGACAAGAACGUAGAAAGGAAACAGCCGAGCAUACGUAGCUACUUUCAACUGAAGACACAUUUCUAUCGGGCACGUGGACCUUGUGGAUUAAAUGGCAUUGGACGUGUGUAGUGUAUAUCUACCAAAGAUACAAAUACAGCGCAUUCAUUAAACAAUUGUUCUUGUUAUGGA